AUGAUCAAGAACACAAUGCAUUCUUUGGAUGACAGGAUAGAAGAAAUGGACAUGAAAUACAAGAAAAUUGUUGGCAAUCUGGCUGCAAAUUUGGCAGCCACAACUUUGAAAGUUAAAUCAAGAUACUUCCACCGAAUUGGUGUUAGUGGAAAGGGACAGUUGAAGAUUUAUGACAACAUUGAAGGCCUGCCAUGCCACAAGAUCUUCAAUCCUGGAAAAUGUUACACUGUUAUAGUCCGGCACAGCAAUAGCCUGAGUGCUGAUGAUGAUGCAAGGAUAGACGCCCGUGGUGCAGCAAUAAGAAUACUUUCAGAUGAAAUUGGUGCUACCUCCCCACUACUCGAUCUUACACUUAAAACAGGCAAGGCAUUCUAUGCACGCACAAUUGCAGAUUUCGCGACAUGGCUUGUGUGUGGACUUGCUGCAAGAGAAGAACAUGUGAAGCGAGUACCACAUGUUCACGAUGCCGUGUGGAUGUCUCUUCGCCAUGCUGACUCGUAUGCAGAACUACAUUAUUACUCUAACAUUUGUAGGCUUUUCAGGUUCACAGAUGGACAAGAAAUGUACGUGAAGUUCAAGUUGAGGCCUUAUGAUGAAAACAUUUCUGAGGACUCUGGUAAAGUGGAGCCUGUUGGGAUUCUUCCGCCAGAAACAGGUGCAAUUCCGAGGGAUGAUAAAGACACUCGCCCUUUGCUUUUCCUUGCUCAAGAUUUCCAGAACCGAGUAAAUUCUCCAGGUGGCGUUCGCUACAUUUUUCAGCUACAAGUCCGACCAGUGCCACAAGACGAAGCAACUCGUGACAUUGCACUUGACUGCACCAAACCUUGGAGUGAGUCUGAGUUCCCAUAUAUUAACAUAGGGGAGAUUACUAUUGAUCAAAAUCUCUCAAAGGAAGAAUCAGAAACCCUCGAAUUUAAUCCCUAUCUUCGAUGCCGUGAAAUUGAUGUCAUUCCAGCUUCAUCUUGCAAUCAGAGUGCUUCAAUCGAUCAUGGUCGUUCACUGAUCUAUGAGAUAUGCCAGCAUCUGCGAAACAGGGAGCCUCUUCCAGAAUCCUGGAGGAUUUUCCUGGAGCAAUCUGAUGUAAAAGUAGAUCUUUCAGGCUGUCCAAUGGCAGCAGCCCUGGAGAAAAAACCCGAAGAACGAGUGACCCUGGCAAGGAACUGGCAUCAAACAUUAUGGAUUGGAGAAGGAGGAUAUGUGGGGAGUAGAAGUGUGGUGAUGCCUGGUGUUAUAGUGGAGAGUGGAGGGAAUUUGAGUGCUCUGUCAAUUGCCAUGAAAGAAGAAAUUGUCAAGUCAAGGUGA